UGACCAGUUUCUCAGAAAGCUCUCAUCAUGUACCUGUUGGUGGUGGUCGUCUCUCUUCUGCUGAGCUCUGUUCCCGCUCAGAGCCGUCCUGUUGAGGAUUUAAUUGAAAAGAUCUCUGGGAAGACGGGUAACAUCACUGAGAAAGAUGACAUGCCAGUGUCAACUAUAAUCGAGACCAACAAACAUGCAGGACAGCAAGUGGAUGGGCCCUUGAUCACGUUUGGAGACAUCGCUGUAUCAGCAGGGUUCAAGAAUGCAGAUCCGUGCACAGCUCGUGGAUGCAAAUGGGAGAGAAGCAGAGAUAGAUUAGUCUAUGUGCCCUACGUGAUCUCCAACCAGUACUCUCCAAAGGAAAUACAAGUGAUUAAACAAGGCUUACGGUCCUUUGCGGAUGUUACCUGCAUUCGAUUCAUACCACAUGAAGGGCAGAGGCACUUUCUCCACAUUCAGUCUGAUUCUGGUUGCUAUUCAUAUUUGGGGCGCCAAGGUGGAGGACAGGUUGUUUCUCUCCAGCGUCCUGGGUGUGUCUAUCACAGUAUUGUUCAACACGAGCUCCUUCAUGCUCUCGGGUUCCAUCAUGAACAGAACCGCAGCGACCGUGACAAACACAUCAAAAUCCUUUAUAGGAACAUCAUACCUGCACAGCAGCACAAUUUCAUGAGAAGAGAAACCAAUAAUCUGGCAACCCCCUAUGACUACAACUCUGUGAUGCACUAUUCAAGGAAAGCUUUCUCUAGGAACAAUGAGCCAACCAUGAUUCCCAUUCCUGAUGGAACGUUGCAAUUGGUGAAGCUCGAAGAAUGAGCCCCAAUGACAUCCUGCGGGUUAACAGACUCUACUGCCUUUGAAGUGCUGCCAGGCUGCAUGAAGGAUAUGUUUGAUGAUAGUAUUCAUCUUUUCGUCUCAGCAUUCAUCAUUCUCUAUCAUCAUUUUUUAAUGUUUCUGUAUUUGCACAUCACAGUUUCAAAUGAUUUUUCGUAUUCUAUCUUUUAAAAAUUAAACAUCUUUUAAAAUCA